AUGUCAGCUCAAGCAGGUCCAUCCAAAAAGCGCCCGGUCAUCGUCGAGGAGGAUGCGACGAAAUUACAAUUCGGAGAAUUCGCAGAUGGCGAAGCUCUGACGGUGAUGGAAGUCCAACUGUUAUUAGCGGCCACGAGGAACGCACCGGGAGCACCAAAAGCACCAGAUAACAAGGUGUAUAAAUUGACGAGCGAAUACGUCAGCGAGUUCUCCAAUGCAGCGUCAGACGUUGUGGAUAGUAUGAGAACAGCUCUGAUGGCACAUACUCAGUUCCUCAACAAGUUCGAGGUCGCGCAGAUUUUGUAUCUGAGGCCUGAGUCCGUCGAGGUCGCCGUGGCGUUAAUACCAAGUCUGGAUAGGCAUAUGGGUCAGGACGACACGACCGAGACGCUCUCGCAGAUUUUGGAGGAUGUCAGGGGGAUAGCGAGAUACGGAGGCAGGCCAUAG